AAAAUGUUAAAGUAGCUUCAUUGACAUCAAUUACAAUAAUUGAAUGCACGAAAUAGAUCUUGGAAUAACGUUAUAAUUUUAUUUUAUCAAUUAUGUAUUAAUAUUAUCAGCAUAUUAUUGUGCAAUAACGAUUCGCAUUGUUUCAAGUUUAAAAAAAUCUUCAGCAAAUUAACAAAUUGCAAUUCGAGCUCCUUGUAGAAAAACGAAGCGAAAAUGGCUGAAAUAAAUGAAACUGAAUUGCCAAAGCCGUCGGUUCCCGAACUCUCCGUCACUCUAAACAUAUUCUUGGAAGGAAUCAGAGCAAUUGUCCCCGGAGACAAAUACGAGGAAGCUCGAAGAUUGGUCGAAGAUUAUAAAAAGUCGGAAGAAAUGCAAAAGCUGCAGGGGUUCUUGAAGGAGUAUGCAGAAAGCCAUGAAAAUUACCAGGUGACCGAAUUUUGGCUGAAAGAUAAUUUGAAAAUUCCUUUGCCUCUCCCCAUCAACUCCAGUCUGUUCUUCCUGCUGCCAAAGCGGUUAUUCAAUACGGAUGACGAAAGAUUUCGAUUCAUUGCCAAAUUUAUCAUCUUUUCGCUUAUGUUCAAGGAAAGAGUUGAUAGAGGUGAAUUAAAACAAGAAUUUGAUGGAAGACAAGAAAAAAAGAAUGCACUUUCCAUGGCCACGUAUCGUCACUUUUUCACGGCUUACAGGAGACCAGGCGCUAUUAAAGACGAGCACAUUUUUAGUGAAGGUGGUCGCUAUUUCAUUGUGGUGUGUAACAAUCAGGCUUAUUAAUUAAAAAUAUCUGUACGUGUAUUGCUAUACUCUAUUAGCGUUCUGGCCGGCGUCAUCUUUAAAGAAAUAUGGGCCUAUGAUUCCACCUGCCCAUAAAGCACACCAAACUGUAACUUUUAAUGAACGUAAAGUUACUCAACAUUCGCCGCGUUAUCGCCGAUAUACAACCCCGGUUGCUCGAUAAAGUGGUCGAAAAUUGUUUUUCCCUAUUGCGCUUCAUUCGAGCCAGCCGUGGAGCCCAUAUACCCGAAAUCAUGUUUAAACACUAAUGACAUAAAAUUAUCUUUGAAUAAAGCCAACA